AUGGUCAACGGAUUGGUUCACGGAUGGAACUCGCUCGGUAUCAUAGUACUCACGGCGCCGAACUCGCUGAUUCCGGUUAUCGCCUCCGACGCUAAUAUCUUGGUAGUUUUGAUCUCCAUCGCUUACGUGACUGUGCCAUAUAUGUCAAUAUCGGCCAUCUUCAUGAGCAUAACUGUCGUCUUCCUCGUCAUGUUCUGCUUUAUGCCGGAAUCACCGUAUUACAUGGCCAUGAAAGGCAGAACAGACGACACUGAGGCGGUGUUGGAGAAGCUGCGCGGCAAGACAGAUGUCUCGGACGAGGUGGAGCUCGUCCUCGAAACGGUCAAGUCCAAUAGCCGGCGGAGAACACGCAGAUUCAGGGAGCUGUUAACCGACUACUUGUACGUGGACAUGUCGGCGUACUUGAUGGUGCUCUUUAUCAUGACAAUAAUACUGAUAUGUGCCAACAACUGCGGCGCGGUGGGUCUCUACAUAACCGUACAGUCCGAGAUAUUCGCCAUCCAGAUCAAGGCGCUCGCCACUUGCGUCGAAGGCAUCACCAGCGCAGUCUUUAACAUUAUAGCGUGCAAGACUUACAUUCUGAUAGCCGUCGAAUGGGGCUACGGCCCGAUGCCGCCCUUUCUGUGGUACUUCGUGAACGUGGUGAUAUGCACCGCCGUAAUUCUCCGUAUUAUGCCGGAGACGAAGGGCAAAACCUUUGUGCAGAUACAAAAGGAGCUGGACGAUUGA